UCAGACACUUGUGUGAAGCCUGGAAGCCAGCAAGCUCUGCCGUGUAAAAAAAAAAGCCAACCCCUCCGCUGAGCUCACCUGGAAGCAGAGGGUCUGAGGACCUGAUGAUCAUGGCGCCUGGUAUCCACCUGCUGCUGCUGCUGCUGCUGCCCCCCGGACUGCUGCACGCCUCUGAGCCCACACCUGAGGCCACACCGGAGCCCUGCGAAGUAGAUGAUGAUAUUGUCCGCUGCUUCUGCAACUUCACGGGCCCGGACCCCGAAUGGUCCAGCGCUCUCCAGUGUCUGGGUGCGUCCGAGGUGGAGAUCCGUGGCGGUGGCCGCGACCUGAAAGAAUUCCUGAAGCACGCCGACAUCGACCCGCAGCAGUAUGUGAACACGCUCAGGGCGCUGCGCUUGCGGCGGCUCACGGUGGGCGCCGCGCGGGUUCCUGGUCUGAUCAUGGUCAGGGUCCUGCGUGCGCUCGGGUUCUCCCGCCUCCAGGAACUGACGCUGGAGGACCUGGAGAUAACCGGGAACCUGCCACCGCCGGUUCUGGAAAACCGUGGGCCAGCGCUCUCCACCCUCCGUCUGCGAAACGUAUCGUGGGCGCCCGGGGGUGACUGGCUCGCGCACCUGCAGCAGUGGCUCAAGCCGGGCCUCAAGGUACUGCGCAUUGCACAAGCACACUCGCCCGCCUUCUCCUGCGCACAGCUCGGCGCCUUCCCGACCCUCACCAACCUAGAUCUGUCUGACAGUCCUGGACUGGGGGAACGAGGACUGAUUGAGACUCUGUGUCCGCACAAGUUCCCGGCGCUCCAGGACCUAGGCCUGCGCAACGCGGGCCUGGAGACGCCCAGCGGCGUGUGCACAGCGCUAGCGGCGGCGGGUGUGCAACCUCAGCACCUAGACCUCAGCCACAACGCGCUGCGGACCACGGUCCCGGCCGCUCCCGCGUGCACCUGGCCCAGCACUCUGACCUCUCUCAACCUCUCCUUCGCCGGGCUGGAGCAGGUGCCCAAGGGACUGCCGGCCCAGCUCAGCGUGCUGGAUCUCCGCUGCAAUAGGCUGAACCGCGCGCCCAGCCAGCGCGAACUGCCCAAGGUGAGUAACCUGCUACUGGACGGGAAUCCCUAUCUGGAUCCUGAAGCCCUCACACAGCAAGAAGACCUAAAGAACUCAGCCAAGGUCUCAGCCGGUGUGCGCUGGGCCCUGACCGCAGGGUUGUCAGGAGCUCUGGCGCUGCUACCUGCGGGGAGGGUCUUCUUCUAAGGCACAAUCAAGAAGAAUGAGUUGACUCGGUGUUCUGACUCUGGACAAGCCUCGUCAGAAUGUCUCAACUGAAAGGAAAAAAGGACGGACACCGUGAGUCUGUUCACCAGGAAAGUCCCUGUCUUUAUUUUCAACAUCAAGCUUAUAUACUGUAACAAAGGGGGGUACCGUGGCUUGCGCCCAUUGGCCAGGCCCCGGCUAGGCGGGUGGGAAGUAUCAAAAAUUAUUUACAAAAAGAACCUAUAAGCUGGGGGUUUUGGGUCUGUGCCCAUGUACGGGGAUGGAGACAGCCAGACCUUAGUCAAGGUCACGGGCGCCUCCUUAUCAGCUUGAGGCCCAGAAUUGCCAAGUAAGCUAAACUGCUUUACUUCAUCAACCAACCAACCUUUUGUCCCAUCUUUAUUCAAAAGUUAAAGGAGGGCCUCCGUGGGGUUAAAAGUGUCAGUGCUAUCUCGGUGAUGGGAAACCCACGGGGAUUACAAUUGAGAUGGGGGGGGGGGGAAUGAUGUAAAAACAAACUAUUAUAUUAUAUAUAAAAAAUGUCUGUGCCACCAACCCAUCAAGUUAAGUCAACCCCCGCCAGGGAGCUGACCCGCGGGGCACAGCAGACCUCUCCUGUCCCGCCUGCUGCUCCCCUCAGCAGUGU